AUGGCUGCAGCAGUUGCCCUCGUCUUGGCUCUGCUGGUGCUCCAGCAUGGACUGAAGCUGGAUGACCAUACAGAUGUGGCCACGUCCCAGAGGAUGCAGCAGCGUGAGGAGUAUCUGCGUCAGGAGAUGACUCGGCUGCUGCAGGAGAUUGAGAGCAGACCUGCGUGGAAAGACAUCUUCUCUUCUGUGUGGCAGCGGUGCCUACCUUGGACUCCUGUGGGAGUCCUGGUCCUGCUCGCUGCGGUCUGGUGGUGCUGCAGGAAAGUGAAGCUUGUCUCUGAGAGCUGCAGUGGUGAGGACUGCUCCAGCAGCAAGGAGGAGGACGAAGACAAAGAGGAGGAGGAAGACCGCAGCGGUGCACGCAGUGUUGCCAGGCCUCGGGCUAUUGUGGAGUCUAUUUCCGCACGUCAGCAGGGCCUGCCCGACACGUGCCAGGUGCUGAAGGAGCUGGUGGGUGAGCUCCUUGAGGUGUGCCAAGUGCUUUGCAGGAGCACUUUCAUGCCGGAGAUGCAGCCAGCCGUUGGACUGGGCAGCGCCUACGAAACCUGGAGCAUCGGCGAGAACAGCAUCGCCUACUCCCUGCUCGUGUUGCUGUGGCCACCCCCCGGGCACUCUUUCAGCCUGGAGCUGGACACGGCGGGGCAGCUGCCAGCGACCCCUUCCAGAAUCCGUGUGGAGCAGCAGUGCCUGUGCUCGAGGGAGCAGCUGCUGGGCGACGCGCUGUGCUUUCUGCACCACCCCGAGGACGAGCUGCGGAGGGAUCAGAGCUCGGUCCUCCCACGCACCCUCUGCACACUCUCCUGCUUAGACAUGGAGAAAGUCACCUGCUGGGCCCAGGGCCCGGUGAGAUCGGCCUGGCUGCUUUUGCCUCAGUCGUGCCACUGCCAGCUAACGGUGCUGCCCCCCUCCUCCCAGUCCUGCAGGUUCCAGCUGACAAGCACCUCCAAGUGGAACAUCACCGUUGAGAUGAUGUUUGGAGCGCACCAAGGCAGCUCGGACACCUAGGCGAGCCUUCAGGAGGCAGAGGCCAGCUUGUCGGGCAGCCCAGCACGGCCGCAGAGCCGCGCUGCUCUCGAGAGGCAGCUUCUCAGGCUGGCGGCGAGGUGAGGCACCUCCACCUCCGAGGUCUGCAGCUCCGCACCCGUGUGCUGGUGGUCGCAGGGGGCCGCAGGAUCUUUCUGGACCUUCUGGACGAGGGCACGCCGCGCACCCUCAGUCAGGUUGCAGACCACAGCAAGUCGGGCGGGAGCGUUGGUCUGCGUGAGGGAAGGACGGCUCUGCUGAGGGACCUGGGCAGGCCGGACCGGUGGGCCGAGGCCAACUGUAUGCGGUUCAGCAAGGCCGAGUGCCGGGUCCUGCACUUGGCUCACAACCACCUCACGCCACGCUCCAGGCUUGGGGAAGAGUG